AGCAGGUCAAUCAUCCACAUGACGCUUCAAUGAAUCCACUCUGAUUAAAUGGACGCUAUUUUCUGCCAAAUAUGACAAUAUUGGUACAUCCUCAAAAGUUUGAAUUGAGGUGGUUGGAAGUUAAAUUGAACACGAACACCCCUGAAGAGAGCGAAUAUUCCCGAGACUGCAGGGUGUUUUUCGCUAUGGUUGAUCGGCACUGUAGAUGACAGUAAGCGCUUCCGCAUCGACCCGUAGCGUGCUGUCAUUGCGGGAGAAUGAAUAACGCAAAAUGUUGCAUAUUAAAUCAAACACCAAGGAGACUAACACGGAUUAUACAAUGUAUCUAUGUGGUGGGGUUCCUGGACCUGUUUGGGGUGAGCUUGAUCAUUCCCCUGCUGAGUCACCAUGUCAAGGCCCUUGGGGCCAGCCCCACCGUGGCAGGCUUAGUAGGCUCCACAUAUGGGAUCCUACAACUCUUCUCUAGCACUAUAGUGGGCAGCUGGAGUGACGUGGUCGGGAGGCGAUACUCUAUGCUGAUGUGUCUGCUGCUGAGUGCUCUGGGCUACGGCCUGCUGGGGAUGUCCACCAGCAUCGCCCUGUUUCUCCUGGCUAGGAUCCCUGUGGGGCUGUUCAAGCACUCCCUGUCCAUCUGCCGGGCCCUGCUGUCUGAUCUGGUGUCUGAGGUGGAGCGCCCCCUCGUGAUGGGACACUUCAACGUGGCCUCCAGCAUGGGCUUCAUGGUGGGACCCGUGGUGGGGGGCUACCUCACUGAACAUGAAGGAGGCUUCUACACCGCAUCCUUCACCUGUGCCGCCAUCUUCCUCCUCAACGCAGGUAGGUGGGGUUUCUCCUGCGCCGCCAUCUUCCUCCUCAACACAGGUAGGUGGGGUUUCUCCUGCGCCGCCAUCUUCCUCCUCAACGCAGGUAGGUGGGGUUUCUCCUGUGCCUCUAUCUUCCUCCUCAACGCAGGUAGGUGGGGUUUCUCCUGCGCCGCCAUCUUCCACCUCAACGCAGGUAGGUGGGGUUUCUCCUGCGCCGCCAUCUUCCACCUCAACGCAGGUAGGUGGGGUUUCUCCUGCGCCGCCAUCUUCCUCCUCAACGCAGGUCUAGUUUGGCUGCUUCCCUGGAGCGAUGCACUAACCCCACGCACCGAUGCUAACUCCAACAGCAGCGCUAGCAAUGCCAGCUGCCACGACAACGACAACCACUUCACCUCAACACAGCAAAACUGCUCCCAAGGCAACAGCGACAACCAAACGACAGCGCCGGCGGCAGCGGUCACGGGAUCCGUGGCUCCAGAGAAGAACCAGAGGAGCUGGAGCUGGGAUCUGGACUGGGGGGAGGUGUCCCUGCUCCCUUCUUCCUGGCGUCAGCUCUCUUCGGUGGGCUCCAAGAUUAGCAGUGUGGCCUCCUCAGACAUGUGGGACCUGUUCCUGGUGCGUCUGCUCAUGGCCAUGGCCAUAAUGCUGUAUUACAGUAACUUCUCCCUGGCCAUGGAGGAGCGCUUCAUGCUGAAGCCCAAAGCCACAGGUUAUCUAAUCAGCUACAGCUCUACCCUGGGGGCCCUAGCCGGGUUCUUGGUGGGACCCAUCAAUAAACUGUACGGUAACAACAUGUUGGCGCUGUUGCUACACUCUUCGGUCCUCACGUGUUGCCUGAUCCUGCUCUACGCCGCAGCGCCCAGUGUCUGGCACGUGUUGUUAAGUUCCACUUUCAUCGCCAUCUCUACAACCAUCGGACGCACCUGCAUCACUGACCUGGUACUGCAGAAAGGGGGCGCUCACGCCAGCGGCACACUCAUCGGGGCGGGGCAGUCAGUGACCGCGGUGGGGCGCGUGCUCGCACCCCUACUCUCGGGGCUGGCCCAGGAGUUUAGUCCCUGUGGGCCCCCGAUUCUGGGGGUAGGACUGGCGUUAGCGGGCGUUGUCCUGCUGUUGGUCAGGGUGCCAAAAUGGGAUGAGAGGGGCAAGAGGAAAGAGGCAUAACUCUGAGUCACUCACAGUGAGAGAGGGAAUGAAUGAGAGAGUGAAUGAAUGAGAGAGUGAAUGAAUGAGAGAGUGAAUGAAUGAGAGAGGGUCAAAACUAGCACGGCACUGGAGACAGAACUGAUGCAGAACUGUUGGGGUUGGUUUUUGUUGACGUGUCAGCUGGGGGUUGUUUCAUUGUUUGUUUUUUUAGCCACAACUCCAGCUCUGUUGGUUGGGUCUCGAUGUGAUGACAUCACAGCACCGAUAGGACCCAGGUCAUCAUCAGCAUCGCUCUUCCCCCCACUUCAGUCCCCCAAACAGACUGGGUCAUCAUUAGCAUCGCUCUUCCCCACUUCAGUCCCCCAAACAGACCGGGUCAUCAUCAGCAUGGCUAUUCCCCACUUCAGUCCCCCAAACAGACCGGGUCAUCAUCAGCAUGGCUAUUCCCCACUUCAGUCCCCCAAACAGACUGGGUCAUCAUCAGCAUCGCUCUUCCCCCCACUUCAGUCCCCCAAACAGACUGGGUCAUCAUCAGCAUGGCUAUUCCCCACUUCAGUCCCCCAAACAGACCGGGUCAUCAUCAGCAUGGCUAUUCCCCACUUCAGUCCCCCAAACAGACCGGGUCAUCAUCAGCAUGGCUAUUCCCCACUUCAGUCCCCCAAACAGACUGGGUCAUCAUCAGCAUCGCUCUUCCCCCCACUUCAGUCCCCCAAACAGACUGGGUCAUCAUCAGCAUGGCUAUUCCCCACUUCAGUCCCCCAAACAGACCGGGUCAUCAUCAGCAUGGCUAUUCCCCACUUCAGUCCCCCAAACAGACUGGGUCAUCAUCAGCAUCGCUCUUCUCCCCACUUCAGUCCCCCAAACAGACUGGGUCAUCAUCAGCAUGGCUAUUCCCCACUUCAGUCCCCCAAACAGACCGGGUCAUCAUCAGCAUGGCUAUUCCCCACUUCAGUCCCCCAAACAGACCGGGUCAUCAUCAGCAUGGCUAUUCCCCCCUUUCAGUCCCCCAAACAGACCGGGUCAUCAUCAGCAUGGCUAUUCCCCCCCUUUCAGUCCCCCAAACAGACCGGGUCAUCAUCAGCAUGGCUAUUCCCCCCCUUUCAGUCCCCCAAACAGACCGGGUCAUCAUCAGCAUGGCUAUUCCCCCCCUUUCAGUCCCCCAAACAGACCGGGUCAUCA